UUUGAUAUCAAAUAGUCUACUAUAAUAGAUUUCUUGAUCUUGUUUGCAUCAGCUGAAUUUGAAAACUCUGAAUACUGAUGAUGGAUGUGGGAGAUAGAGAUCAUUUCUGAGGGCGUGGUUCAGGAGCACAGAGAUAAGCAUAGAGGCGAUUGAAGAAAUGUCUUCGUGUCUUCUGUUACUGCUGUGCUGCUUCAUAAGCAAUGGGAUAUUACUGGAGGUUAAUGGAAAGUCUUGUACUGAAGGAUUUAUGGAUUAUAGUCUUCUACAGAAUAAAGCAAGAACUCCAUCAGGGGCGUUACGUGAUAACAGACUAACUGAAGGCACUGCAACAAGAUGGAUCAUCAUUGAGGAUCAAGAUGAGAACUUCAUGAAGAAAGACAUCAUGUUCACGUGUGCUACAGUUAUAACAGAAAUAUUGAUUGGAGUUGAUAUAAGGACAGUUAAUAAUAAUAGAAAUUUAUAUCCAAAAAUUGAAGUAUGGGCUCCAAAGAUUACUCUGCCAGACCGUCGAAAGAUGCCGCUGCCGCCAAUUAAUGAGUACACUAGAGUGAUAUCUGUUGAAAUCAGACUGACUCCUGAUAACUUUACAACUAAUGGACAGUAUUGUUUCACUCUCCCUACUCCAUUAAAUGUCUCCAGUGGAUACAGGAUUGGUGUAUAUCAACCUCCUGAUGACAGAAGUGUUGUUAGAUUUCAUUAUAUGAACCUUCCUACUAAUAUUGAUGGAACAGGAAAAAUACAAUCAGAUAAGAUUAAUGAUACUAACAUUAAAAUAUCAGGAAUGGGCAGAGAUGUUGAUUAUGAAUCAUCGAGAAUACUAAUACACCCAAUAGUACAGAAUACAAGUUGCUACACUCAACUUUUGCUGCCAGAGAGCAUAAUAUUACCCUAUUCUAUUACUAAUGCAAUAUUUAUUUCUGAUACAAGAAUAUUUCCUGAUAUAAGGUUCACAUGUGAUGGUAUUAUUACUAACUGGAUAGUUUAUACUUCCUCACAAUAUAUGCCAGUAAUUAAAAUAAGACAUUCAAAUAAUCUCACUACUACAGCAGCAACAUUGAACACUACUGCUAGUAAUGCUGUUAGGAUUACUUCUCUUUUAUAUAAUUUUACUAUGAGCAAUGAGAUAGCAGUACAAGCUGGUGAUAUACUGAUGAUUGAAAGUAAUUCUACAAAUUAUAUGUACUAUCAACAAUACAAUGGACCACACAAUUACAGACUGGUGGACAACAAUGAGUUAAUUGCAUUAGAUGACAAUGACUAUCCACUCAUCUCAGUUGCAGUAGAACCCAUAUCAGUAACUACUACUGGUACACCUUCUAAUUACAUUACAACAUCAACCACAUCCUCAAUAACUACAUCAGAUACCACUUCACUGUCAUCAGUUAUGGGACCUUCAUUUAGUAGUACUAGUAUGACAAGAUAUUCUACUACUACUACAGUAACUGCUGUUUCUACUGUUACUACUGCUGCUGUUCCUACUGAUUCCAUUACUACUAAUUCCAUUACUACUGCAUCUAUUAGUAUUACUUCCUCACUAAGCACUACAAUGACUUCAACACCAGGACAAGGCAAUGCAGGAAAUCGUGCAUCUAUAAUACUAAUAGCAAUGAUCAGUGCAGUCAUUGUACUACUGGUAGUUACUAUACUAGUAAUAUUGAUUGUCAGUGUGGUGCUGUUUAGGAAAAAGAGGAAAUUAUCAAUACCUGUAUCAUCUACUAGGAAUGAUAGUAAUAGUAAUCAUGUUUAUACUGAUGUUAGUAGUACUGGGAAUGAUAAAGGAAGACUUGGUGCUGUAAACAAUCCAAACUAUCAACUACAUGGUAUACAUAAUGAGAGCAUUUAUAUAUUAUAUGCUGAAGCAAAGCCUGCAUUGAAUGAGCAUGAUGAUAUGAUUGCUAAUGCUAGCUAUGAACCUGCUACUGUCAGAGGAAUAGAAAGUAAGACAUGAUGCUCACAAUUAAUGUGAUGAUGUCAACUAAUGCAAUGCUUUAUUGUCAGUUAUUCAA